UUUCUCGCGAGACCUUCACUGUCCUGUGCCGGCUCUAGUGGCCGUUGGAGUGGGUGGAAGGGGCUCCUUGUAUUGUGGUUUUUCGGCGAGUCCUGGUCCUGCUCAGAGGGCAUACAGCACAAUGGAGUAUAUGACAGAAACCACCGACCGCACCCCUGGACAUAUCUUGUGCUGCGAAUGUGGUGUUGCAAUUAGUCCAAAUCCUGCCAAUAUUUGUGUGGCCUGUUUGCGAAGUAAGGUAGACAUCAGUCAAGGCAUUCCGAAACAGGUCUCUAUAUCUUUCUGCAAACAAUGCCAAAGAUAUUUCCAGCCACCAGGAACUUGGAUACAAUGUGCAUUAGAAUCCAGAGAACUUCUUGCUCUGUGUUUGAAAAAAAUUAAAGCCUCUCUGAGUAAGGUCCGGCUUGUAGAUGCAGGCUUUGUUUGGACAGAGCCCCAUUCUAAGAGACUUAAAGUUAAACUGACUAUUCAGAAAGAGGUGAUGAAUGGUGCUAUCCUUCAGCAAGUGUUUGUGGUGGAUUAUGUUGUUCAGCCCCAAAUGUGCGGAGAUUGUCAUAGAGUAGAAGCUAAGGAUUUCUGGAAGGCUGUGGUCCAAGUCCGGCAAAAGACUUUGCACAAAAAAACUUUCUACUAUCUGGAACAGUUAAUUUUGAAGUAUGGAAUGUAUCAGAAUACACUUCGUAUCAAAGAGAUUCACGAUGGACUGGAUUUUUAUUAUUCUUCAAAGCAGCAUGCUCAGAAGAUGGUAGAAUUUCUUCAGUGUACAGUCCCCUGUAGGUAUAAAGCUUCACAGAGACUGAUCUCUCAGGAUAUCCAUAGUAACACAUACAACUACAAAAGCACUUUUUCUGUGGAAAUUGUUCCAAUAUGCAAGGACAAUGUUGUUUGUCUGUCUCCAAAACUGGCACAAAGCCUGGGAAAUAUGAACCAGAUUUGUGUGUGUAUUCGUGUAACUAGUGCCAUCCAUCUCAUAGAUCCAAAUACCCUGCAAGUUGCAGAUGUUGAUGGGAAUACAUUCUGGAGUCACCCUUUUAAUAGUCUGUGCCAUCCCAAACAGCUGGAGGAGUUCAUUGUGAUGGAAGGCAGCAUAGUUCGAGAUCUAAAACGCAAAGCAGGUGCUGGAAUGAUAUCAAAAAAGCAUACCCUUGGGGAAGUCUGGGUACAGAAAACAUCUGAAAUGAAUACAGAUAAACAGUAUUUUUGUCGCACUCAUUUGGGACAUCUUCUGAAUCCUGGAGACCUGGUGUUGGGAUUUGAUUUGGCAAACUGUAACUUAAAUGACGAGCAUGUCAACAAAAUGAACUCAGAUAGAGUCCCAGAUGUGGUAUUAAUCAAGAAGAGCUAUGACCGUACGAAACGUCAGCGUCGUAGAAACUGGAAACUGAAAGAGCUUGCAAGAGAUAGAGAAAAUAUGGAUACGGAUGAUGAAAGGCAAUACCAAGAUUUCCUUGAAGAUCUUGAAGAAGAUGAGGCAAUUAGAAAAAAUGUAAACAUUUACAGAGAUUCCACCAUUCCUGUGGAAAGUGACACAGAUGAUGAAGGAGCUCCUCGCAUUAGUCUGGCCGAGAUGCUUGAAGACCUUCACAUUUCUCAGGAUGCUACUGGUGGAGAAGGCGACCCGAUGAUGGCGUAACGGGCUCCCGAUGAUCGACAAAAUAACCUUUUCUGUUUCACGUGUGCCUGCAUAUCGGAGAGGAGAAGUUUAGUUUUCAGCCUGAAUAAAUAAUGACUAUUUUGAUUGCUGUUCAAAGUGCUGAAGAAGAUUGAUGACUUUUAAAUUUUAGAUAACAAAAGCUAUGGAGAAUAUUAUUAUUACUGAUAUUUAGGCCGUUUUACGUAUGGGGUUUUAUUGGUUUGCUGUUUUCUGAGACACAAGUAUUUUCACAUAACAUUAGUGCUGGAUUUAAAAGCUUCAAAGUUUUGAUUCCUUGGAGGUUACCUAAAUCUGCAAGCAUUAAACAAGCUUUUACAUUACUUUUAUAUUGCUUCCUUUAGUGAAAAAAGGCAUAUGAAGAAUAAUUGUUAAUAUAAACUUGUUAUGCACUUUGAUUCACUUUAGAUCAGUUUAUGUCCUUUGUGGUAGGAAAGUUGGGGUUCAGUUUAUCACUGGACAUUAAGGAAGAAAGUUAAUCUUUUUUAUUAACAUCUUUAAAUUUUCUUAAAAAAAGUAUUUGUUGAUUUUAGAGAGAGAGAGGAAGAGAGAAACAUUGAUUUGUUGUUCCACUCAUUUGUGCAUUCAUUGGUUCCUUCUCAUAUAUACUCUGACUGGGGAUUGAACCACAACCUUGGUGUGUAGGGAUGAUGCUCUAACCAACUAAGCUACCUGGCCAGGGCUGUUAAUGUCUUUAAAAGUUGUCAAAUUGGAGGUUACUUUAAUUUUUAUUGCAGAAGAAAAUAUGUUUGAAUUAUUUGGAUGUGUAGCAAACAUAGACUAAUUUAAAUAUUAAAUAACAAUUUAUACUGUUGUUAUGUUUGCCUGUGUAAGCACCUUAUGGCAGUAGCUGCUUAUGUCAAAAAAUGUCUUCCUAUCAUUUCAAGGAUUUUUCCUUUUAAAAUUUUGAUGUACAAAUUGAGAAAGAAGGAGUUUUCUCUGUAAGUUCCUAUCAUUGAACACAACCAUCACAAAGAAUAUUAGAAUCUAGCAUGUAGAUGAUGAAGCAGUAAAAUUGAUGCUCAUGCUUUAUAAAACCAUGACUCAUAUUUGAAUGAGGAGAAAGAGUUGGCUUGGGUUUUGAAGUGUUUGGAGAAUGAAAUAGUAAAAUCCUGUUUCUGUGAGAUUGUACUUACUAAGUGUGCCAGAACUAAGAGCUAAUCUAAAAACUUUAAGUAUACCGCUACAUAAGGAAAUUGAGUAAAUGUUAAAUGGAACCUUUUCCCUUUUUUAAAGACUGGACUCCUUAAUUCUGAGGUUAUGAAUAAAGGCCUGAACCUUCUGUAUGGCUUCUUUUCUGUCUGCAUAUUUAAAGUUUUCACUUGUGGUCUGUAUUUACCUGUUCUAUGUCAAGACUUUGAAAAACAUGAAAAUAAAAACAUUUUCUCCAUUUUUUGUGU